GUAAAGUUAAGGUAAAUGAUGACUCAACGACCGAAUUACCGAUAGUAUCCACCGACGUCGUCUCUCUCACCCCUUCUCUCUCUCUCACUUUCACUCCCUACGGUUCAACUGCUACAGUUACCGAAGCAGAUGAAGCACACAACAUGGCCUCGUAGCUCCUCUUCCUCUCCCUUCUCCUCUCUUCAUUUCCGAAACCUAACCGUUUCCGAAUUCUCCGCCGCUUAUUCCGCUCGCUCCGUUCGCCUCUGUUCCCGGCCUCCGCCGUCAACGUCCGGCGGAGGAGAUUUCUCGGCCCUCCCCUACGAUGUUCUGACGAAGAUCGCCGCCUCCUUCGACCAGCCGAACCUUCGAGCGGCGUCCCUGGUGUGCCGGUCAUGGGGGGAGGCGCUCCGGCCGCUGAGGGAGGCGAUGUUGCUGCUGACGUGGGGGAAACGGUUCAAGCAUGGCCGGCGAGGGGUCCGUCCGAAUGCAGAGAAGGCUUUGGAGUCGUUCUUGAAAGCCGCCGCUCGUGGCUCCGCCUUGGCUAUGGUGGACGCCGGCCUGAUUUACUGGGAGAGGGGGGAGAAACAGAAGGCCGUGGAUUUGUAUUUGAAGGCUGCGGAACUUGGAAACCCUUCUGCACAGUGCAAUUUGGGUAUUUCAUAUCUGCAAGCUGAACCUCCGAACACUGAGGAAGCUUUGAAAUGGUUGUAUAAAGCUUCCAUUAGUGGCAAUGUUCGUGCCCAGUACCAGCUUGCACAUUGCCUGCAUCGUGGUGGUGGGAUCAAUAGCAACAUAAAAGAAGCUGCUAAUUGGUAUCUGAAAGCUGCAGAAGGUGGGUAUGUGCGUGCUAUGUACAAUAUCUCUUUAUGCUACUCCUAUGGGGAAGGACUGACACGAAGUCAUCGACUAGCAAGAAAAUGGAUGAAGCGGGCUGCAGAUCAUGGUCAUAGUAAAGCUCAAUUUGAGCAUGGACUUGCUCUAUUUUCUGAGGGAGACAUGAUGAAGGCUAUGGUAUACUUGGAACUUGCUACUCGUGCUGGUGAAAAAGGUGCUGCUCAUGUCAAGAAUGUAGUUGUUCAUCGGCUUUCAGCAGCUUCGCGUGAUCAUGCCAUGCAUCUAGCUGAGAGUUGGCGUGCUUUGCCAUCACGUUGAGCCAGACUUUAUCUGGUUUGUCCGCAAGAUGUUGCGUUGCCUUGACCCCUUGCAUCUUUAGGGUGAAGUUAACAAAGAAAGCCUAAAGCAUAAGACCAAGGAAAGCAGGAGUUGACCAAUCGACUUCCCCUCUGCCUACUAAUCCUGACCAUUGUGGUCUUUAUGCGUAAUCUCUAACUUUCUAGUUCGUGCUCCAAGAAAUGCAUAGUAUAUUUCUAGGUAUGUAAAAGCCCAAAACAAAACUAAGAUGAAUCCUUUUAUAUGCCAUCCAUUGACAAGUUAAAAGAUCCUCUUCAUUUCCCCGUAGAAAUGUGCAGGAUAGAAUGUGAUGGGCCUUUUUCAUAAAUGGCUGUAUGGAAGAUUGCAACUUCAUAUUACCCUUAGGGGGUGUUUGGUUCAAGUUUUUGGAGAGGAU